AUGAUAUACUCUUCUGGAAGAGAAUCGUACUUCAAUUUGAACUCAACUUGGUAUGAUCCCUCGGGGUCCUGGUUGGACACCCGACGCACCCCCUUCCGCUACGGCUACGAAACCUGCUCCUCUGGGUGCGACAACGAAGGCGUCGAAGGCAUGGCAGGGCACAACUACCGGCAUUACGGCUAUCGCGUCUGCUCCGAGAGAUGCCACAGCUAUGCUGCAACUGAUUCGUGCCAUGGAGGCGGGGGCUCGAGCUGUGUCAGGAGACCCACAUACAGCUACGGCUCAUCUGGAGGAUGCAACAGCUACGGGAGGUCGGUCUGCUCUGAGAGAUGCCAUGAGCCCUCAGGUUCAUGCCAAGGAGGUGGGGGUUCAAGUUGUGCCAGGAGGCCCACGCACAGCCAUGGGUCAUCAGGAGGAUGCCAAAGCUACGGGAGGUCGGUCUGCUCUGAGACGUGCCACGGAUCAGGUCACCAGGGAGGGAAGCCGAGCUACAGCAAACCGAGGCAGUGCAUCCCCCAGCACCAGCCGGUGCAGACCUGUCCUGCUCCAGUGCAGCAAGGCUGCAUGCCCAUGCCAAAGUGCAUCCCAAUCCAGCAGCACCACCCAGUGCAGACCUGUGCCCCUCCCAUGCAUCAAGGUCACAUGCCCAUGCCAAAGUCCAUCCCAAUCCAGCAGCACCACCCAGUGCAGACCUGUGCCCCCCCCAUCCAUCAAGGUCACAUGCCCAUGCCAAAGUCCAUCCCAAUCCAGCAGCAUCACCCAGUGCAGACCUGUGCCUCCCCCAUCCAUCAAGGCCACAUGCCCAUGCCAAAGUCCAUCCCAAUCCAGCAGCAUCACCCAGUGAAGACCUGUCCUCCUCCGAUGCAUCAAGGCUAUGUGCCCGUGCCAAAGGGCAUCCCGACCCAGCAACAUCAGCAGGUCUGCAAAGCGCCAGCCCGGAAGAUAAAGUAG